AGACGCGUUUGCCCAGUUCACAUUUGACUCGGUUCUUGUCACGAGAGACUGACAGAUACAACGAGAGGCAAGAAACUUCACACAAUCCUUCAUAGAUCGAGCUCUGAAGGGUCUCCAAUCCACUUUGGGAAACAGAAUGAGAUGUUCUACAAGAGGUAAAAAGUAAACGGAGGAUUUGUGGAGAGCUAGAGGAAGAUAUUCUACGCAGGAAGAAGAAAAAGUGGAACAGUGACAGGCACCUGCCCUCUAUCUCAGUGUGAAGGGCAGGUUAUGGAGGAGUAAGACGGAGGAUACAAGGAAAGAGAAAAAGAGGAGAGAAUGAAGACAACCGGUAAACAAGUACUUCCUCACAGCAAGUGUCAUUCAAAUUAGGACAUAUCACCACAAUAAAGUAUGAUUACCAGGAAUCUGCUCCUAUUGGUCUCCCUGUGUCUGUGGGAGGGGUUUAUGGGAGGUACAGCCAUUAAGAAUGUCAGGAGAAGAGGAGUGGGUGGGACUCACAUGCUUAAGCUAGAAGAGAACAGAGUAGCUGACCAAUGGGAUUCAAGUUUUGAUUCAAACUCAAUGCCCAUGGUGACUCAUAGAAAUGUAAUUGGUCAUGACCAGGAGGGUGAUAUUGUCUAUCACCCUAAAAUUCCCCAGAAUAAUGCAGCCAUGCCAUCUCAUAAGGAGAGGCAGUCUUUUAAACCUAAUCCCAUUCCGGAUUUGAAAGAAGACCCUGUUAAAAAAGGAGAAUCAACUCUGUCUGUGUCCCCCAAUAACAGGGAAGUGGUCCAGGAGAAAGAGCUUAGCAAAAUCAAAAACAAUACCAAGUAUCCUGGGAGUCCCACCAAAACAGGGAGGAUGGAGAAAGUAUUCUUAGUCCAUCAAAGGCCAGACCUGCACUCCAAUACAACCAGAUUCAAAUCCCUUCCUAGGUCCAGAGUUAGAUCAGAUCUGAACGUCCACACCACAGGAGUCCCAGGAAACAGGCACACUAUGGAUUCAACCAGAAAAUUUAACCUGACCAGCAGCUACGGUGUCCUGAAAUUGCUGUCAAAAGAGAACCUGGUGAGGAUUGUGAAUUCACAGAUGCGGAGUGUUCCAAAUAAUUUUCAGAGCAAGAGCAGCCGGAGCAGAAAGAGAGAUUUGAUUGAUGUGGAUCGCAGCCAGAUGGAAGCCCUGAAAUUACAGCAAGAUAUGACUGUCACUCAAAACCACUUCGCAUUGGAUAAUCAAACUGCACUGCCGCAUAUAAGGCCUGUAACAAAUCCUAAUCUCAGUCCAGAACAGGCUUUUCACACUUUGACUGAAGUCAAUCCAGAUUCUGAUGUGGGGAAAGACAACACAGAGACAAGAGGUUCAGAAAGUACAGACACCUGGAGGAACAAACACAUCUCUCAUCCUCUCUCAACGCCUGUGAACGAGGUCAGCCACAACCCGGAGAGGGACGUGACCAUCAGUCUCUCUGACCCUCCAUCCACGACCUUGAAUCUUCCUUCCAACGUCCCUUCACAGACAGACGCUGGGCCUCCCUCGGUCUUCACCCUGCAGUCCCAGGGAGAGGACAACAGAGGUGGGGCAGAGGAUUCCCAUAAGGACGAUCUACUUCACACAGUUGCACCAAGACUGACGAUCCUCAGUCCAAAUGGAACUCAGGACACUACCGACGGUGCCAAAGAGACAAUUGACAGUAGCCACGUCCUCAAACUUCGCCCAGACCCCCGCUGGGGGGUUGUCCAGGACAAAGGUUCUAGUGGGGUGAUGACAGUUGAGUCUCAACCUGGAAAUGGGGCGGGCUUAGUGUUCCAAGAGGCAGAUUCAGAUGAGGAGGAGGAAGAGGGGCACGGACCGGUGGAGGGGGAGGGGAUCAGGUCCCGAAGCAGGAGAAGUUGGAUCUGGAACCAGUUCUUUGUAAUUGAAGAAUACAGCGGGCCUGAGCCUGUGCUCAUCGGACGGCUGCACACUGACAUGGACAGAGGUGAUGGACGUACCAAGUACGUGCUGAGGGGCGAGGGGGCGGGGUCUGUGUUUGUGAUUGACGAGAAGACGGGCAACAUCCAUGUCACCAAGCCCCUGGACCGUGAGGAGAAGGAUGAGUAUCGCCUCAUUGCCACAGCAACUGACCGGCAGACUGACCGGGCCUUGGAACCCUCCUCCACGUUCAUCAUCAGAGUGCAGGACAUCAACGACAACCCUCCUCUCUUUGAGGAAGGGCCCUACAGCGCCACUGUGCCGGAGAUGGCCAACAUAGGUACAUCUAUAAUCCAGGUGACAGCGACAGAUGCCGACGACCCGACCUAUGGGAACAGUGCCAGGCUGGUGUACACACUGGUGCAGGGACAGCAGUUCUUCUCUGUGGACCCACAGACAGGCAUCCUGCGUACAGCCGUGCCUGAUAUGGACAGGGAGACCCAGGACCAGUACCUGGUCGUCCUUCAGGCCAAGGACAUGGGGGGCCAUCUGGGAGGUCUCUCCGGGACCACCACUGUCACCGUGAGGCUCAGUGACGUCAAUGACAACCCCCCUCGCUUUACACAGAGUAUGUGGUCAUUCUCUGUGUCUGAGUUGGCUGUUCUGGGAGCAGAGGUGGGCCGUAUCUCGGCAACAGAUGCUGACCUGGGUGACAAUGCCAAGCUGGAGUAUACCAUUCUGGAGGGGGAGACUGGGGACACUUUCAACAUCAGUGGAACAAACCAAGAAGCUGUGAUCACACUAAACAAGGCUGUGGACUAUGAGAGUCGGAGCUCCUACUCCUUUUCCGUGGAGGUGUUGAACCCCAUGGUCGACCCUCGUUUCCUCCGCCGUGGGCCCUUUAAGGACCGCGCCUCCGUCCGGGUGGCCGUGCUGGAUGCCGACGAGCCGCCCCGCUUCUCCCGGGCGCGCUACCGCAUGGACGUGUCUGAGAACUGCCCCCCCGCCUGCACCGUGGGACGGGUUAGUGCUGUGGACCCUGAUACCGGACUCACCAAUAACAUCAGGUUCUCUAUCGAUCCCCAGUCAGACCCAGAGGCUCUGUUCCGUAUUACGUCAGACAGUGGCCUCCUCACCACCGCUGUGGAGCUGGACCGGGAACGAGAACAGUGGCACAACAUCACCGUCAUCGCCACACAGAGAGACAACCCCAGCCAGGUGUCCAGAGUGGUGGUUGCCAUAGAGACGCUGGACCUGAAUGACAACGCGCCGGAGCUGGACCGACAAUACACAGCUGCCAUGUGUGACUCUUCAGCCAUCGGACAGGUGGUGCAGGUGUUGCGUGCGAUUGAUAGAGAUGAGGGAGGGAAUGACAGUGCUGUUUAUUUCAGCAUCCCCCCAGAGUCCAGUGUUGCCCUCAACUUCAGCAUCAGAGACAGUGGGGGUCCUACUGCUACCCUGUUGCUCCGGUCAUCUCUGAAGCCCCUCUCCCGCUCCUCUCUGUCCUCCCUCACGCUUCAUGUCCCCCUUGUCCUGAGAGAUGGGACAUCCGGCCUGACCUCCACCAGCACAGUUACUGUAUCUGUCUGCCCCUGCCUGAGAGGAGGAGCCCGGGCUGGGGAGAAGGAGCGUCAGGAGAGGCAGACUGAGGAAGACUGGGAGUGGGAGAGAGAGACGCUGUGUGUUCCCCAGCAAUCAACAUCUCCGUCCCCUGGGCUCAGCACCGCCGCCCUGUUGGCCAUCUUGGCCUGUGUUGCCACUCUGCUGGCUGUCAGUGCCUUGUCCCUUUCACUCCGCCAUCAGAAGAGGGACUCUCUAUCUCCCCUGGAGGAUGAUGAUGUGAGGGAGAACAUCAUCACCUACGACGACGAGGGAGGGGGUGAGGCUGACACCGCUGCCUUCGAUAUUGCUGCGCUCCAGAGCGCCCCCCACAGCUCACGUAGGGGAUACCGCACCCUGGACAGCAGGAACAUCCUUGUCAUACCCUAUCUUCUGUCCCCCAGACGACAAUCCCAACUCGUUCAGGACAAGGCCCGUGCCUACAGCUGGGCCCAGAAUCCAGGCUUGGACCCAGCCUACACCGGACCUGGAGGGCCUGGAGGGCCCCUUUAUGGCCGUCUCUGUUACAGCAGCCAUACCUUACCUGUCCUGAGGAGGACCCCGGGUGCCCAGUUUGAGCCGGGCUUGGCCUACCGUUUCCCCGGGGGCCAACCAGAUCACUCCCUUGUCAUCCAGAACCAGGGGGCCAUGGUCGGGGCACUGGAGCCAGGGGCUGUGUACAUCGGUCCAGCUGAACUGAGCAGCAGAGAGAGCAGAGAGGGAACAGGCCCGCAGAGUGGGGUGAGCACUUCAGAUGGAGGAACGCCGCGGACCAAUGACAGCCAGGAGAGAGGCGGAGGGGGAGGAGCUAUGAGCAACUGCACAGAGAACAGUAGUGAGCAGCAGAGUCGCAGUCAGGACUUGGUGGACUGGGUCCAUUCUGAGACCCUCCCCAGAGAGAGGGAGCACACCCUGGUCCUGACCCGCUCUGGCUCCAUGGCUGGCCAGGGUCACGGGGGUGCGUGGGUGUGUGACUCAGCCACCCUUCCCUUGGCGGGCCGCCGGGCCUCCCGCACGGGCCUGUCCCCAAAACGGGGCAUCAGUUCGGGCCCAGCUGAAGGAGAACCAUCUGCUGUUGGGAGUGGUGGUGGGGUGGCUGGAGUCAACGGCCCAGUUGGUCCGUCUCAGCAGUCAGCCAACCGCAGCUAUGCCAGUGUCCAGCAGGGGGAGGCGACGGGACAGAGGCAGGACUACCCUGGGAGCCUGGGGAGGGGAGGGCUGGAAAUGGGCAGCAACUUUGUGGUGUCGAGGCCAGACAGGGAGGGCGGGGGGAUCUCUCUGGCCGGGACUUGCGGGGGAAUGUACCCGGAGGGGCUGAUGGCUGACUGGAGGGACAGGGUGGGUAUGGGGGCGUACGUUUUAGGCAGGAGGGAUAUGACUCCCCAGAUGCUGCCAUUCCCAGGGCAGGCCAGGGGGGCGUACGGGGGCAUCGUGGGGUACGGGGCAGGCUGGGUCCCGGGGAUGGAGGUGGGUCGAGGCGGCCCGGGACCAGGCGGUCACUCCUUGGCCCUCAGGGUCGGUGAGUUCCUCCGCCUGCGCCUGGCUCAGGUCACCUAUGACCCCUCGCAGCCGCCCUAUGAUUCGGUACAGGUGUAUGGGCUGGAGGGCACAGGGUCGCGCGCCGGCUCACUCAGCUCGCUGGAGAGUGAGGGCGAGAAGGAUCCAGAGAAGGAGGAGUGGGGAGGAGGCCUGGAGGAGUGGGGCCCACAGUUCCAGGAACUAGCCAAGUUGUUCCGAGAUAGGGAGAAAGUGAAAGAAGAGGAAAAGGAGAAGGAUGGGGAGGUUAACGUAGACAGCAACCGAGAGGAGGAUGAAAAAGAGGAGGGGGGAAAAGAGGAGCAGACUGGAGGCGAGAGGAAAGACUGAGAGAGGGAGGUGAAAAAGGAGAAUGCGUGGGGGAGGGGUGGAAGAUGAUUAAAAGGCAAGCGAAGGUAGAAUAACAGGAAGAGAAGUUGAAGGAGAGAGAGAUGAAGAGCGAGAGUAAUAAAAAGAGACAGAGAAAAAUGUGCCCAAGGAAGAUGAGGGUAGGGGAGGGAGUGAUUGAUGUAAUUUAAAGCAAUAAGAGUUGAACGGCUGAUAUGUGUGAGCACAGAUACGGAGACAGUGUGCAGGGUGUUUCUCCAUUAAACAGCUACGAUUUGUUAAGUGGUUUGGACUGAGAAAAACAACAACCCAAGUAUCCCAGAAAUGAUUUGAUUCAGCUAGUCUCUAAACCUGUAGAUUUAGACAAAGGAGGCCAGCAGAGAAGGGAUGUGUUUUUUUAUGUUUUGCUUGUGUGUUAGAGAACGGUAAGGGAAAGAGAAAUUAGAACUGAAAGAAACCUUGGAUAAUGUUUUUUUGGGACAACCUGUAAGCAAGACAAUACAUUAAAGAAGGGUACUACACCGAGGAGAACAUUAUAUAAGAUGAACAAGACAGAGGGAGAGGGUAGAAAUAGAGAGAGAUGAGAGAUGAUUGUAUAGAAACUGCAUUUAUUCCAUCUGCAGAGGCAGAAAAGUGAAUAAUUCAGAUCACUACAUUCCAAAUGAAAACUAUUAAUCAUUUAAAUCCUGAAAAAUAUGUGUUGCCCUCUGAGUCAAAUCACUGGAAAAUAGACAUUGUGAAAAUGUAAAAUUAUUUAGGGAUAUUAACUUCUUAGCUGAGUGUCAUGAUGUUUACAAACACAUACACACAAACACUGAUGCGUGCACACACAAACACAAUUAAUACUCGUGUUAUCAGGAGAUCAUUGUAGUAAAUCACUAAAGCAAAACGUAUACAAAUAUGCAUUGAAUCUGCAUAUAUAAUAAAUAAAAAUACAUCUAAUAUAAAAAUUAUUAUUUUAUUGCAUAUAAGGAGGAGAAACAUUCUCAA